CGCGGACGGGUGGGUGGCCGCGAGAGCUUCGAGCAGCUCCGAAGGUAGAUUGGGCAAAGAAUUUCGAUGAAAAUAUUCGCUGGCAGCACCGCGAGGUAUCCUUUAAGGUCUCUUCGGUGCUCCUCGCAAACAAGGACAUAAGAGAAGGGGAUACCGAGUUGUAUAGGCACCUUUCUCGCGGCGCUCGCUGUGGAAUGGCAAAAAGAGAGGAGGCAGUCUGACGUCACGUCGCCUGGUCGGUAGUGCCGCUAGCCUCUCACUUGGCCGGCGACGUUCGGCGCGUUCGGUUCGAUUCGGUCGUUCUUCCUCUCGCCUCCGUCUCGAGCUCGCCUUUCCCUCUCUCUCUCUCUCUGUCUGUCUCUCUCUCUCUCUCCCUCUCUCUCUCUCUCUCUCUUUCUCUUUCUCUCUCUCUCCCCCGCCGAUACCCGUUCGUUUUCGAUCGCCUCGAUCCGACCGAUUUCAACCGAUUUCCGACCUAUUUCGAGCCGUUCCGACCGAUCCGCUUCGCUCCCACUACCGCUACCGCUACCGCUACCACUACCACUACCACUACCACUACCACUACCAUUACCAUUACCACUGCGCGCGGUGGUCCCGUGAUCCGCGCCCGCGCCCGCGGAGGAAGCACACCUGUGAAAAUCGGCACCGAGUCGCGAAAGUGAGACACGCGAAUGUCCAAAUCGAAUCGAGGAGCGAGUGCGCGAACGGCUGCCCCAGUGAUGUUGUUCGGUGUCGUCGCAGGGUGAUUUCUCGAUCGGUUCGCCAGUGCGCGAUUGUUUCGUCGUUGUGCCAUGACAUUCUGGAUACGAUCGUGAACUGCGAAUGGAUCGGAUGGCAGCCGUGUUUCAGUUUCAAUUUCAAAGCGUUCUUUUGCCACGAAAUGAGACCCGAGAGAUGGAUAAAUGCGAAGAUCGCGUGUGUGUACCGAUUUCCAUUGCAGCGUUCACAGAUUGAGAAUGAACGAUCAGAAAAAUCGCGGAGGGACGCGGACUGGUGCUUCCACGAAGCCGAGGAUUGCGUCGAUCGUUGGAAAUGACCAUGAGCGUGGCUGUCGCCCCGGGUAGCCUCGGUGCACCUCCAUCUAUGCUCGCGCCAAACAUGUAUCAUCUACAGCAGGGGUUAAAUACAACAUCGGCCUCGCCCACUUCCGAAAAAAGUUACGACACGCUGAGCAAAGGGAAAAAGUCGUGGAGCGUUCGACUGGGCCUGUCGCGGCAGAAUCAGAGCACCGAUGAUCCCGCGAAAGGCUGGGGAACGAUAAGCGGCGGUAGCAGGUUCUCGCGACAAAUGAUCUACGGCGAUCCAUGGCUCUAUGGAACGGUCCGAUCGUCGAGGGCUGGCCACGAACCACGAGGCUUCGUGACACCGCCGCCGCCGCCACCCCCGGGAGCACCGAUCCUCAUAGUGUGCUCCUGCCCGGAGUUUCUCAGCGGCACCACCCGGAAGUUCGGCAACUGCCGCAAGUGCGGUGGUCACCGAUUGACUGGUCUACCUUUAGGAGGAACAUGCCGACUUCCGCAGAUAUCCACGAGAUCGAGGCCCAGCCUCGCUGGAGUGCUAAGGUCCUCGACGGACGAUCCGUACGAUCAGAUGCGUCGAAGUCGGCUGGUGGAACCAAGGACGAGGGCUCGGAGUAUAUCGCCUCACCGGCCGUUGUCUCAGCGAGAUGCUCGGAGUCAGAGCGUGGCGCGGAAUGCGAAAGAACGAAAGGGAUCGAUCGAGACCGCUUGCUCCAAGUCCGAAUGGUUCGACAAGGACUCGGCGGCAGUCGGCGGUUACGAGGAAGCGUCGCGUAAGCUACGGCCGAACUAUGCCGGCGCGAUGUCCAGGAGGGACGAGUGGCUCGCGGAGGAGCCGCCGCCGUCGCAGAUACCGACGUCGAUGCCGACGGCGGCGGCGCCCGCGGCGUCGCCGUCGCCCUCGCCGUCGCCGACGACUCUGCGAAACCGGUCGUGCUCGACGACGACCGGCGGCGUUCGACUGGCGCGGAUACCGAAGAAGAUCAGAGACACGAGAAACGAUUGGUCGGACGGCGGGCCGGCGAAGGCGCAAGAACAACCCGGUCAGGCGAAAAUCAACCAGGACGAAUGGAAAGAGCGGCCGUCGAGCAGCGGCAGCGGCGACGGAGGUAGCGGCGGCGACUCGAGACGAAGCAUUCUCGAGUGCGACGUGAAUCCCUAUCUCUUGUUGAAGAAGCAAAAGGACGAGGACGACCUCAGCGACGAUCUGUCGGACAACGCCCUCGAACAAGACGACGCGAGACCGCUCUCCAGCCUGUUCGAUUCCUCGAAAGUGAAAUCGAUCGAGAGGAUACCGAACAGAAGCGCUGUCGCGGAGAUCGGCGGCCAGAGGAUCAGGGUGUUCAACGAGCCGCGCGAGAUCUCGGACGAGGAGGACGUUUUGCCUGUGACGAGGAUUCCCAUACCAAAGGUUUCACCGAAGCGACCACCGAGAAGACUGAAGGAAGCCAAACAAACGCUCAAGAGUAUUCUGAAACGGGGCAAGGUGCUCGAGACCAGGAGGAAGAACGUCCUAUUCAACGUCGAUAACGUUAUAUUCGCUCCCGAGAAACCCUCCGAAGCGAUACGAUUGUCCUGGAGUCGACUCGGCAGGAUCGCGACUUGCGUCUCGAACGUGGAGGAACGAAUCGACGACGAGUCGGAGGAAGAGGACGACGGACGCGAACACGAGUCCGGACAGGAAAAAGAGCAACAAUAUAUACAACAGCAACAACAACAACACCAGCAGCAGCAGCAGCAGCAGCAACAACAACAACAACAACAACAAUUGGAAGAGAGAACACCGCCAACGAUGAACCAGGAGCAAAGGGAAAAAUAUAAUUUUAUCACCGUUCCGAAUAUCAGGGAUCCAAAAAUCGAUAGAAUUAGACUAAAAGAGCGCAAAGUCUCGCCGGACGCGUACCAAAUGUAUCCUCUUCGUUCGGAUGGAAACGGAAAUAGGAAGGACAAGUUGUUACCUCCGGUUUCCCACGUGGAACUCACGCCCCCGGCGCGAAAGAAGGGAAACGUCGACGCGUCGCGAAAAACCGAAGACGCUCGAGAAAAUAAUCGUACCGUUUACGCCAGCAACCUUAAAACCGCGAAGCAACAGGACGCACGAAACAACAGGAUAGAAGAGGAGAGUCUAACCGGUGUGAACGAAACGGAACGAACUCGGCUCGAGAAACCCAAAGAUCGUAUUCCAGGCAUCGCUGUCGACGAGAAAGAUCUGAUAUUAAAGUCCGAAGAAAACUCGAAGAGGUCGUACUUGUCGCGCAGUCAAAGCGAGCGGUCGCACAACAGGCCCGAAGUUACCGCCGGGAAUGUACAUUUUCUGGACACCAUGCGUCUCAGUCUGUCCAGGAAAACGAAGGAGGCAUCGUCCGCGUCGGAUUCCGAGCGAACCGAGACCCGACGGGAAGAUUCGUCCGAAUCCGUGAACAGAAUCGAAGAAACAAGAUCCGAGCAACGUUUAGCCGCUGCGAAAGAUAUCGAGCAAGUUCCUAAAGAAAUAGAAAAAGUAGCGAACCCGACAACGGUCCUCGAAACCGAGAUAGAAGCGUCCAAGGAUAUUCGGAGUCGCGUCGAGGAAAAGAACGUUCAAUUCCGGCGAAUGAGACCGACCAGUUGGUCCCCGCCACCUGGUAAACAGAAAUAUCAUCGAACGAUCGAUGGCUCGGAUGCCAAGCUGAAAGAGGUGGGUCACUCUUGGUCGGAACGAAGCAGUCCCACGUUGAAAACCACGUGGAAAAGAUCGAAUUCUUACGGAUCUUCGAAAAUUGAAAUUGGAUCGCCGACGACGGAGAAGAACGUGUACAAAAUUACGGUCAGUCCUCGGGCUUCUCCGCUCGUGCAUCGACUUCAGAUCGGCCCGGGUACCAAAGGGGCGAGAAGAACGUCGAUUCUGAUCAACGGAGAUCCGACACCGACCACGGAGACAACGUCCGACAAUAAAGUGACCAUCAGCGUCGGUGGAGAGGACAGCGUUUACAACCCUACCGUGAUCUCUGUAAAUUUGGAAAACCCGCCCAAGAUAAAAAGCUCGCCGGAAAAUCGCACCCUCGUCAUAUUGGAUAAUUACAAGUCGAACAUCGUCGUCGAAACCGGCAAAGAAGAUACGAAGCCGUCGAAAACGGACUUCGAAUCGACCGUAGAAGACGAAUUCUCGCGAGAGUCGAGCAAAACGUUGCCAAAUGUUCCAGACGCAUCCAUGGUAUCUCCCGUAUGCACGGUGUCCAUGGUAUGCACGGAUAUCGAGAAGCAAACGAGAUCGAACAUCGACGCUGGAAAACUCGCCGCGCUCGAGAAUAACGCGAAAUUGCCGGCAACCGGUGAUCCGGAUCUUCGAACGGAACGAACGGAACGAACGGAACGAACGGAACGAACGGAACGAACGGAGAAGAAGAAGAAUCACGCGAGAAGAGAAGAAGACGCUUCCUCGUCGUCGAUGAUUUCCGAGCUGUCGAAGGAAGCGUUGAUCUCGAAACUGCUCGAAGAUUCGCUGCGGAAAGCCCGGGAAAACGGAGAGAUACUCGACGAAAGUAGCGGCGAAGCGAUCCUGAAGAUUCUGAAGCAAAGUUUGUUGAAGAGCAACGAAUACGAAAGUUCCGAAUCGACCCUCGAGGCAAAUUACUCGAGAACGUCCAGUUUAAACUCGGACGGUGACUUCGUCUCGACGAAUCUUUUCCUCGAGGAAAAUCCUUACGAAGUGAUCAAGGAGCCCAUUUACGAGGAGAUUCCCGACGAACCUCCUCCGUUGCCGCUGAGCCCACCGCCGACCGAAGACUAUUUAAAGGACAGGAUAUACUUCGGAGACAUCGCCGAUUAUUAUACGAGCGCGAAGGGUAGUUCCGAACAGUUCCUUCGAUCGUACUUGGUCGACGAUAUGUACAAAAAGCCGAAUGCCGAGGAUCUUACGGAGCGGGAGACUUACCUUUCCAAGAGUCCCGAGAGCUUUUUCAAGAAAAUGUCGAUAUCGCCGGAGGAGGAGCAAAUUUCGAGUAAAUUCGAGCUGCUCAACUUUCUAAUGGAUUCGAAAGAUCGCGCGAUAUCGAUCGAAGGCGAGGACGAAGAGGACGACGAGGACGACGACGAGGAAGAUACCGAGGGAGAUUUGGAGGCGUUGUACGAGCAGAAAGAGACGAGUCUUGGCGAUCUGAGCUCGAAGAGCUCGCAAAUCUCCAACGUGUCCGACAGCAGCGAGGAGUGCAACAUCAUCUUGACCAGUUCAUCGGAAACGUCCAAGACGCGAGCCGUCGAUAUCGAAAGGACCGAUAGCGGAGUGGGUUCGGAAAGCAGUCAGGCUAGCAGCACUCGAGGCGUGCCGAGACGUUGGCGCGUAGGAAACAUUUCUUCGGGGCCGGGAAGUCUCUUCGGUGGAAUCCCGCAGGUGAUUUCCGGCGAUUCGAAGCUCUGCGAGGACUGCGAACAGCGUUUGGAUCCCCUGAUAACGGACAGUGGUGUAGUGUACGCACCCUUUGUAUGCAGAAAAUGUGCGAAAAAGAGGGUGGAGCGCAAAGAAAUUAUCACGGAAAUCGUGGAGACCGAACAAAAAUACGGGAGAGAUCUUCAAAUCAUACUCGAAGAAUUCCACAGACCGAUGUUCAGGGCCGGUCUUCUCACUUCGGAGCAAUUGACAGCAAUAUUCCUGAACGUCGAAGAGCUUUUGGAACACAAUCUUGUCCUUGCGGAAAAACUGAAGGAUGCCGUGGAAUUGGCGCAGGAAUCUGGAGACGAAGAUCUUUUAACUGUGGACGUAGGGAAGAUCUUUCUGGAGUCUGAGCGGAUGCUUCACGCGUUCGAAAGUUACUGCACCCGUCAAGGAAGCGCGAGUUUGCUGCUGCAAAAUUUGGAGAAAGAAAAAGAACUGCUGCGUAUCUUUCUCAGAGUCUCGCAAAUGGAGAACACUGUUUUACGUAGGAUGAACUUGAACUCGUUUCUCAUGGUACCUGUUCAAAGAGUGACAAAAUAUCCUCUUCUAUUAGCACGGCUGCUGAAAGCUACGCCAUCGGUUAGACCGGAUAUACAAGAAGCUAAAGAAAGACUGAAGCAGGCUCAAGCCAACAUAGAGCUGCAUUUAGAACACAUGAAUGCUGAAGCUAAAGACGUGACUUCGACGAAGCUUUGGAGAAGAAUUUCCAUCAUACAAAACGGUAGACGACUGAUCGGCGAGCAAGAUAUGGUCAAUAUAAAGUUGAGGAAGAUGGCCGUAGAAGUAUUAGAAUGGGCUCACGAAGAAGCCAGAUUUGUUUUGGAGGGACGUCUUUUGGUUGCUCAGCCAACCGAUAAUAAUUGGAGACGAGGACGAACGGUCAAGCUUGCGCCUGUUACCGCCAUGUUGGUUACCAAUGGCAAACCAAAUACAGAAGACGCAGAGUUCAACGACGACUCUCUCUUCCCAAGGUACAUUGGUAUCAAAGAGGCUACCCUCUUGUUAGUCAAAGAAAAAUUUGGGCGGUACUCCUUGCUACGAGAACCACUGUACCUCGACAAAUGCAUCGUAUGUUGUGAAACAGAUCUUGAAGAUUAUUUCGAAGUUCAAGAACUGUAUUCCAAAGAAACAUUUAUAUUCAAGGCUGAAGAUGGAGCAAGAACGAAAAGAUGGUGUAGGACGUUGCAGGCUCAUGCACAAUCUCUCGGCGCCUGGCGGAAACGUCGCGGAGCAUUACCGAAUAUCAUGAUAUGCGGGGUCGUAAGAAAUUGACAGAUAAUUCGACCGAUUGCGCGUAUAGAAAAAACCGAUGAUAGAAUCUACAAUGUAUAGUCGUUAUUUAAAGGUUAUUAUAUUCCUAAAUGCGCAAGCUUCUUUGCGUACGCUGAUUAGCGCAGUCGAUUCAACGAGCGUAUAUGAUCUCCAGAUAAAUUAGUAAUGAUUUGUCGAGGAGAAAGUGUCGGACCAAAGGAUUUCCACCACUCGUUGACCAUACUUGUCCACGAGUAAUACGAAAAUCUCUAGUUCUCGCCAAACGCAGAUUCUUUUGCGUUCGGUUGCAGUACGUUGCGAAAAGUUUGAACUUUCCUGUAUCGCUGUACUCGAAACUCUACAUACGAAUGGCCUUGGAACGCACGAACAAAAGGAAUCUACUCUUUCUUUUCUUUCCUGAUUCGGUUAAAUCACGUGUACACAGGGUAAACGAUCGUCCUCGUUCUGUGCAGGACAAUCUCUUGUUUGUAAUUACAUUCGAACCGAAAGAGCAGGUACCAGCUGUGAUACUGACCGGUUAUUGGUACUUUCUUCAGACAAUAUAAAAUUUAUACCACGGUACAAGACUCGUUGGCUUUUCUUCCUAUUAUAUUUUCUUAAGUCACAUUUAUAUGUAUACAGCGAGAACAUCGAUAAUAACGUGUAAAUAAUAUUAAAGAACGGGGUAAUAGGGUUGACGCAUUUUGUACCUAUACAACAGAGCCAAGAAACUGCCAAAUGUUUCGUAAGACCGGGCUUCAUUUUAUGAUUCAUCCAUCAAUUAAUAUAUUAUUUCACGACUAUUCCUUAAGUAAUUACAAUUAACAGUAUUUUAUCGCGUCUAACACACUCACACAUACACACACACACAUACACAAUGAAAAUUGUACAUUGUAUAAUAGUAUAAUUUUAUUUAAAAUCUAAGCCAUAUGUUUGUAUAUAAUUGUAUGUAUAUUUAUACCAAAAUCAGUGUUAGAAACAUACUUGUUAUAUUAAAACCAGCAUUCAAUAAAAAUCAAAUAUACUUGUACGCAUCUCUGUAUCGUGUGUGCAGAAAAACGACAUUCUAUGAAUUAGGAAAACAAAAUUCAGGUUUGCGUGGUAAUAACGGUGGCGGUGGGGAAUCUGUAAAGUCACGCGACGGUUCAGCGUGUACGAGACAUUGAAUGUAAAAAUAUUUUCAACGUUUCAAAUUAAAAUUAUAUUUUAAAAUUA